CUAUAAUAGGAAGAGGGUUUCUUAAAGACCAGAGAAACACAAAUUAAACAGUUGGAGAAUCAAGAAGAACAAUAACUCAUCAUCUCAAAUAUGGGUUACUGGAAAUCAAGGGUUGUUCCAACAAUGAAGAAAUUAUUCGAGAGAAUCCCAACAAAGAAGGCUCUUGUUGUUGAGGCUAGCAAGUCCUUAACCUUCGAUGAUUCUAAGGAAGCAAUCAACAAGGAGAUCGAGGAGAAAAGGACAGAACUGGAACCCAAGGUCGUGGAAAUCUACGAAGCAACGUCUGCUGAACUAAAGGCUUUGGUGAAGGAGCCUAAGGAGGAUGGUUUAAUGAAACAUUCGGCCGAGGUGCACAAAUUCCUCGAGGCACUUGUCGAAAUUGGGUUCCCUGGCUCAAAGGCUGCAUGUGAAGUUUCAUCUACUAGCUCCGGACCAGUAACGUUCAUAUUUGAGAAAGUAUGUUUGUUUCUUCCGGGCGAUAAGUCACGGGAGGUGGAUAUUGUGGAGGAAGUCGUGAAAACUGAAGAACCGGCCAAAGAAGAGGAAGUUAUAAGCGGUGAUAAAGAGAUAGAAAUAGUUGAAGAGAAGAAAGAAGAGGUUCAACCGGCACCGGUUCCUGCCCCAGCGGCUGCGGAGGUGAAGAAGACAGCCGUGGAAGAGGAGAAGAAGGUGACUGUGGAAGAGAAGAAGCCAGCCGUUGAAGAGGAGAAGAAGGCGGCUGCGGAAGAUAAGAAGCCAGUGGAGGAGGUGAAAAAAGAAGUUAUUGCUGCAGCGCCAGUGGCUGAAACUCCAUCGACCAAGGCCUCAGAAACUCUGGUGGCUGAAACUCCGGCCAAGGCUCCUGAAGCUCCGGCGAAGGCUCCAGAAGUUCCGGCCAAGGCUCUAGAAACGCCGGCGGCUGAGCCACAAAAAGCUUGAAUUUUUCCAUAAUACAUUUCUUUAAGAAAAUAUUGAUUUGUCUUUUUUUACAAAGAAAAAAUCUUCGCCUUUACUUGAAUACUCUAAUAUUGAUUGUC